AUCCACACAUUCACGGCCCAUAUGUUGUGUGAGUCCGCCGCGUACAUAUAAGAUGGCGGCCCCUCCUGUCCUGUCCCGUUGUAUGUAUCCACACAUUGGAUCAUUGCCAUCGGUCACGGCGUCUCACUCACUCACUCACUCACUCACUCACAUGCACUCACUAACAUGCACUCACUCAGUCAGUCGUUCCCUCAGUCUGUCUGUUCGUCGGCUACAACUCAGCGCAAAAAGAUAAAGAAAAGGACGAACCUCUGUCUGUUCCUCCGGUAAUCUAUCUCUCACACACAAGCCAUCCAUCGAUCAGCCCAUCAAAGACGACCACCCGCCCCCGCCACUGCAGCGGCAGCAGCAGCUGCUGCCGCUGGUGCUGGUGCCGCCGAUGCUGCUGCUGGUGGUGCACCACCCUGCGUGUGGUCGGUGGACGGCGCUGGAUUGCCUCUGUGAGUGUCCUCAGGGUCAUCUUCCUCGCAAAAUCGGAUCUUGUAUGCCUUGUUGAGGAGGGCGUCGAUGUAGAAGAGGCGGUCCCACACCCACGGCUUCAGCAUCACAUCGCCAUCACCCUAGACGCACACACACACACACACACACACACAAACACACACACACAGAGAGAGAGAGAGAGAGAGGGAGAAAGAGAGGGGUAGGUAUGCGUGUGACGUGUUUGUUGGGUGAGGGGGACAGGUGAGUACCUACCUGUGGCUGUUGGUGAGGGGCGAAGAGAAUGGGCAGUCUAUCGUACAGCGAUGUGAUCUGCUUGCGCACCUCGUCGAGCUGCUCCAGCGCCUGGACACGGCUCUCUGCAGGCAACAAACACACACAUCACACACACACACCUCCCACAUUCACUGGCCGUCGCUCCCACUCACCCACCUAGUUCCUCCAAGUUGAACAGCUGCUGCAUCGGCAGGGCAUUGCGCACCUCGUCUGCAGUCGGCCUGGCCGACGACACCUUGACGAGCGGCACGGGCGCCCUCAGCGUGUCGAAGUGGCCCUCUGCCAGGUCGUGCACCACGCGCACACGCACACGCAUCAUGGUGCUGUUGUUGUCGUACAGCUCUGCACACAAGGAAAGGCAGCACAGCACAAAGACACAGCGAGCGAGACAGAAUCAGAUGUAGUGGGUGGAGAGGGUGAUGCUUCCUUCCGCUUACCGCUGCCCUGCACACCGAUCCCGAGGCCGACUUUGUACCCCAUCGUGCCGUUGUCUGUCCGCCAGUUGAGCCGGAUGGCGAUGGAGCCGAGCAGCAGAUGGGCGUACUGCUCGCUGAGGCCGGCCACGAACCGGCUGGCCCGCUGGCCAUAGGUGUCGCCGGAUGUGUCGGUGCCGUACGUCUCGGUAUGGCUGACGUCAUCGGUGGGCGGGGAGGACAGCGGGGGCGUGUUGGUGAGCGAGGCCUUGUAUCCGCGGAUGGUCACGUCGCGGACAGAGUCGGCAAGGGACUGGUAUGGUGGCGACGGCAUGAUGGCGGGCGGGUUGAGCUGCAGGACAGAUGGCACGCGCAGCUCGGUCAGCAACCUGAGAGAGAGAGAGAGGGGAGAUACACGCAAAGUGAGUCGUGACCUUUGUUUGCUGCCAUCCAUCCAUCCAUCCAUGCUCCACCUUACUCUGUGAGUUCGGUGCGGUUCCGUGCGAGUUUGUGUAUGCAUCCCAUCCACUGCUCGUCAUACGUCUGACAAACACAGCCACAUCACAUCCACACGCAUACAACACACGAGCCAAUGCGAUCCGAUCAUCGCGUGUGUGUAUGGUAUGUACGGUCUGGUCUCUGGUCCCCAGUUUCCUUCCCCACUGACUGACCUGUUGUUGGUCGUCGUGGCCGUCAAUCCUCUCGCCAUUGUACCCACCGAAACUCUCCUGCCCAUGCCCAUGCCCAUACCCCUCACUCCCACCCCCGCCAGCAGCGGCAGCUGCCGCCGCAGCCACCAUUCCCCCGCCCCCAUCCAGCGGCACACACCCAUCCUCUCCUCCCUCCUCCAUGAUCUUGUCCUUCUCCUUCUCAUGGCGGCCUCUCAUCCCACCAGCAGCGGCCAUGGCCGCAGGGGGAACAGGUGGCGGGGGCAUCAGCUCGCCGUCAUUCAUGCUCUGAUCGCCGCUCGCCGCCGCCUUGCGGUGCUUGGCCACGCGCCCCUCGUUCCCACCACCACCACGUUCGUCACGGGCGCUGCGGCUGCUGAGCCGUCGCUUGCUGCGGGGGCCACGCUCCCUCAGGGGGCGGUUGUCCUCCUCCUGGUCUAGGUCCUCCUCACCGCCAUUACCGUCACGACCGUCCUGCUUCUGGCCUUGCAUGUCCUCAUGGCUGCCGUGGCCGUGCUCCUGCUUGAUCUCUGGCUGCUUCUUGUUCUUGCUGCUGCGGGCAUUGGGUGCGUGGUCGAGGUAGCCUGGCGGGGGCUGCACGGUGCCAUUGAUGAAGUCGGUGAUGAGCUUGCCCUCACGCUCGAAGGUCCGGAGCCUCUCCAGACCGGCAGCAGCUGCACACACACGGACAGUGGCCAAACGAUCGCGUGUGGACGUGUGUGUUGUGUUGUGUUGUGUUGUGGUCAUGUGUCACUUUUUUCUUUUGGGAGUUGGUCGAGGCCGCUUAUGGCGUUGCGCUGCCGCAGUAUCUCAUGCAAGAGCCACAGCGUCUUCCUGCCCUUGUCCGAGCCCGUGUACCGAUCCUUCAGCCACACACCCACACACGAUAGUAUAAUUUCGUUCCCAUCCCGUGGAAACGACCUUCUGUCUGUCUGUCUGUCUGUCUGUCUGUGAGGCAGGCACACCUUAUACGCCGACUUCAUCUCGUCGCCCUUCUCAUACAACUGCACACACAGCACAGCACAGCACAGCCGACAGCAACACGCCCUAUUGAGCGGGUGGGGGUGCAGCAGUGUGCCGACUCUCUCCUCGCUCCCUGACUGACCUUGAUGUUAGACCUGAUACAGAUGGCGUACUGCCCCUCUGCAAGUGAGCGGAUGCAGAUAUAGGCCUUGGUCCGCGACGCGUCAGACCGCAGCGUGGUGAUCGUCGGCUCACUCGUCAAAUACUCUACACACACACACACACAGCGUCACUACUGUGCUGUGUGGUGUUUCGAUUCCCCACUGUAUUUGAUUUCAUGGUCGAGGUCUAUGCGUACGCCCAGUUGCCAGGUGGGCUUCGGGCCGCGCUUCCACCACAACAACUCACCUACAGGAACUGCACACCACAUCACAUCACACAAACAAACAAAGGUGAUGGUGCACCGCAUCCGAUCCGUCUGCAGGGGUGGUCUCCGUUGUGUUGUGCGCUUCCGUCAUGGCCAUCGCUGCAGGGGUGGCUUACUGUCCUUGCAGUCGAUGUCGGGCGACUUGUCAGGCGGCUUUGCAUCUGAUGCUGACGCCGGGAAGGCCAUCUGACGCUGCGAAAGAGCCGCAGAACUCAAACAAUCUCAACAAUCUCGAAGGGUCAAAGGAUUUGGUACCCUAUAACCCCACAAGAGGCCAAAUCCCGGCAUUUAUGCGCCUUGUCGGAUAGCUGUGAGUUGCGAAAGUAAGGCACUCGGCCGACAAGAGGGCGAGAAGAGUCACUCGAGUCAGUCGUCCUCUCGACUGCUGCGGUGAGAUGGCGGGCUGUUGUCAAUGAGCUGACAGCCAGACAGAGGUGAGGGAGGCCGACCACUCACUGACUGAUGCGCUCAUCCGCUCACCUCACUGAAUGCGUCGGCCUUUCCUGUCUGUCUGUGUGCA